AUGCGUAUAUCUGGUGUGCUAGAGGACCCGGUUAUAAUGGACACAGAGAUCCACAGUCUACUCACAAUCUGCUCACAGUCUAGCCAUAGUCUGCCCAUAUUCUACCCACAGUCUACCCACAGUCUGCCCAUAUUCUACCCACAGUCUCCUCACAGUCUGCCCAUAUUCUACCCACAGUCUCCUCACAGUCUGCCCAUAUUCUACCCACAGUCUCCUCACAGUCUGCCCAUAUUCUACCCACAGUCUCCUCACAGUCUGCCCAUAUUCUACCCACAGUCUCCUCACAGUCUGCCCAUAUUCUACCCACAGUCUCCUCACAGUCUGCCCAUGAUAUUCUGUUCCACAGUCUCCUCACAGUCUGCCCAUAUUCUACCCACGUCUCCUCACAGUCUGCCCAUAUUCUACCCAGUCUCCUCACAGUCUCUGCCUCUUAUUCUACCCACAGUCUACCUGAUCUGCAUAUUCUACCCACAGUCUACCCCACAGUCUGCCCAUAUUCUACCCACAGUCUCCUCACAGUCUGCCCAUAUUACCACCACAGUCUCCUCACAGUCUGCCCAUAUUCUACCCACAGUCUCCUCACAGUCUGCCCAUAUUCUACCCACAGUCCUCACAGUCUGCCCAUAUUCUACACAGUCUCCUCACAGUCUGCCCAUAUUCUACCCACAGUCUACCCACAGUCUGCCCAUAUUCUACCCACAGUCUACCCACAGUCUGCCCAUAUUCCACCCGCAGUCUACCCACAGUCUGCCCAUAUUCUACCCACAGUCUCCUCACAGUCUGCCCAUAUUCUACCCACAGUCUCCUCACAGUCUGCCCAUAUUCUACCCACAGUCUCCUCACAGUCUGCCCAUAUUCUACUCACAGUCUGCCCACAGUCUAUCCACAGUGUGGCCAGAGCCGCGGGUCAUCUCGUGA